AUGUCUGAGUUUUCAAUAAGGGUCGGUGAUUACUCAGUUGUUACUAUUUCUACUGGUGCUGGUUCUGGCCAUCCCCUAUACGUUUUAACUUUAUCUCCGACUACAGUUCAAGUUCUUAACAUUCCUCCUUUCUACAACAGAGCUUCGUUAUAUGCUUUCUUUAUCACCUUUGGACCAAUUAUAAAGUUUUCUUACAAUAAAGCUGAUUGCUUUGCUCACAUUGAGUAUCGUAAAGAAGCGUCGAUUGAUGCCCUCACUUCUACUCCCAUGACUGUUGCAUAUUCUCUCCCCAUUCAGAAGGCUUCCUUUAGUCAAAUAGUUGCUGAUAGUAGAAAGACAUGGUUAAAGAACGCAGAAGCCCUAAAAAAGGAAUCUGAGGAAGCACUGCAGAAAUAUUUUGAGGAAAAAAUUUACGGAGAUCAGGAUACGGAAGACGAGGAUGAUGGUGGGUGGACGACCGUAAAACCGAAGAAGCGCUGUGUUCGAUGA